AUCAACGAGAAAAAUAAUAAUCAGUUUUGUUUUGUCAUGUCAAAAUUUGUCAAGUGUAUUCGAAGAGGCGACAAAUUAAAUUAAAAUAGAAAUUGUUUUUAUUCAAAAUACAUAUUCAAUUUAAAGUUUUGUAAGAAAUAAUAAAAUUCUAGUAUUAAGGGGUAGCAAGAAAACAUCCUUUUUGUUGUAAGGCAAAAUGAUGAUUAUGAUAUAAACGAGAUGAAUUCCAAACCAACAAUUUACCAUGAAAAACAAGUUAAAGAACUAUGCGCUUUGCAUGCGCUUAACAAUUUAUUCCAGACACGUGGAACAUUCUCAAAAUCGGAGCUGGAUACAAUAUGUAGUCGGUUAUCACCAAAUGUAUGGUUUAACCCACACAGAUCCAUGUUAGGAUUGGGCAACUAUGACAUCAAUGUUAUCAUGGCUGCAUUACAGAAGAAAGGCUGUGAAGCUGUGUGGUUUGAUAAGAGGAAAGACCCAGGUUGCUUGGAUCUAUCAAACAUCUGUGGUUUUAUCCUGAAUGUGCCAUCGGACUACAAGUUGGGAUUUGUGAUGCUGCCACUGCGUCGCAGACACUGGAUCACCAUUCGCCAGAUACAAGGCAAUUUCUACAACCUUGAUUCAAAAUUGGAUGCCCCACAGUUAAUAGGAAGGAGCAGUGAUUUAAUAGCAUACUUGAAAGAACAAUUAGACAGUAAAGAGAAAGAACUUUUUAUUGUGGUGAGCAAGGAAGUGGAGGAGAAACAGCUAUGGAUGCAUCAGUAUGCACUGCAGAACAAUAUCCAGCAUACACAAAACUCAUGUAUGGAUCAACUGCAAUUGAAUCACUGUGACAGUCCUGUGGACAGCUUAUCCUCCUUAUCGGCAUAUGACUACCGGAAUAGAGAUGCAGAGUGCCUCAAAUUGACUGAAGUCCGAAACUGUAUAGUCUCAAGAGAAAACAAUUUGUAAAAAGUGUGAUUUUUAUACAUACUUGAAACUUUUCAGGCUGUUUGUGACCGCAUAGCAAUUUCAAUGUGUUCACAGUAAUCAUUCAUUGUAUGUGUGUCGUGUGGUGGAAGUGUUUUUAUAAACUCCCAAUUUUUUGUAUUGGUCUUCUCGCUAAGACAAACAGAAUGAGCCGCAAUAAUUGCGCUUCUGUGUAAGUACUUAACAACUUUUGUAGAUAAUGAUAUGUUUUCAGUACAGCACUAUUUUCUUUUACACUAUUUUUUUUAAUUAAAUUAUUUAAAUGUUGUUGAUUAUUUAACGUGUUUUAAUAUUUUUUGUUAAGAUUUAUGAUAAGUUUUACGGCCUAUUGUUAUUAUGUUUAGAAAAUAUUUGCAUUCGAAUGUUCUAGAAGAUGAUCUGCAUAAUCUGUGAAUGUCCUUACUUGUUACUACUUUAAACGCCAAUGAAAUUUCAUAAUGUAAUAAAUUAUAUUGAGCUAACAUUACAAUUACAAUUAAUGCAUUUACAUAAUAGUGUAGAUAAUAUGGUAUUGUUGAUGUUCCCAAUACAUAGUUACAUUACAGGUUAUAUAUAAAAUAAUGAUUAUUCUCGAGAUUAAACAUCUACUUGCAUCACCAAAGUAUUAUAAUAUCUUCCUUAUGUAAAACUGUGACAGUAGUACCUAUUAUCUAGAAGGUCGUUUAAAGUUUUAACUUCUCACUGUAUACAAAGUAUUUUACACUAUAAAUCUGCAUAAUGCCAAAUGUUAAACCAAACAGUUCAAGUUAAUAAGUCCCUACCAUACCAUUUAGCAUAAACUGUGGAGCACAUAUAGUAACGGUAACUUGUUAUGUUGUUUUAUUAAAGCACAAUACUUUUAGAUGUUUACUACGAUAUACUGUUUUUUUUUUUUUUCUUAUAAAAUAUUGUUAAGAUUUUAGCCAUCACAAUAUUAUCAUUCCGCGGAUAAAACAUUGUGAUGAUGAUUGCCAUCAUAAUUUAUAUAUCAUUUGACUUUUUCGAAUGAUACUCUAUUGUUUUAUCUGUAUUACUGUAAAUACAAACUAUUUUUUCAAAAAAUACAAAGUGUGAUAAAGGA